GAUUUUGACUGGAGGUCUCUAUGUGAAGCACUGGGAGUCAUGGCAGACUUGUGGUUGAUUUCUGUCCCUCUGGACAGCACCAGCUUAACCAGUGUAGCAAAACUCAAGCGCAUCAUUGCCAAAACCAACCUGGCCUCCUGCUGCAAGUUCUCCAUUCCAGAUCUCAAGGUGGGAAUACUGGACAGUCUGCUCAGCGUGUCAGAUGAUCUCUCCAAACUCGACACACUAACUGAAAGUGUGAUUAAAAAAACACAUCAGUGUAUGAGGGAGGUGAUGGAGCCGUCCAGUGACAAAAUGCCGGAAAACGCCUUAGCCAACGGAGUGGACCUGAUGAGCUACAUAACCAAGUUUCAGUGGGACAAAGCCAAGUAUCCCACAGCUCUGCCACUCUCUAGCCUGGCAGACAUCAUCAGCAAGGAAGUUUCCCAGAUGGAUAUGGAGUUAACGUCCCGAGCUGCGGCGUACAACAGUGUGAAAAUGAGCUUGCAAAGCCUCGAGCACAAAGUAGAUGGGACUCGCAGUCUGCAAACUCGCAAUCUGAAUGACGUAGUGAGGAAGGAAGACCUGGUGGUCUCAGAGUACCUCACCACUCUGCUGGUCGUAGUGAACAGAGGGAGCUACUUGGAGUGGGAAAGGACCUAUGAAUCUUUGUCAGAGUUCGUUGUUCCACGGUCCAGCAGGAAGCUGUUCGAAGAUGGAGAGGGAGGUGUAUUCUCAGUUACACUUUUCAAAAGGGCUGUGUGUGAAUUCAAAGCCAAAGCCAAGGAGAGCAAGUUCACCGUGCGCGAAUACAGCUUUGAUCUGGAGUCGAAGAAGCAGCAGGAGGUGAAGCAGCAGAAUGUUCACAAGAAGGAACAAUAUGGAAUCUUUGUGCGUUGGCUGAAGGUGAAUUUCAGUGGGGUGUUUGUUGCCUGGAUUCAUCUGAAAGCAUUGAGGGUGUUUGUGGAAUCAGUCCUCAGGUAUGGAUUACCGGUGAACUAUCAGGCUCUUGUGUUGCACACGGACAAGAAGCGUUCAAAGAAACUGAGAGGAGAACUCGCCUCGCUGUUCAAACAUCUGGACCCCACUGCCACCACCAGCAAGACAGAUCAGGUCAGCUGUGAGAUCCCAGGACUCUGUCAACAGGAGUACUUCUCCUACGUCUGCUUCCACGUCAACACCAGCGUGCUGGAGGCCAGCUAG